UCGGCCAUCUAUUGGUUGUUGUGAAUUCAUGGAGCGUGUGGGACAAUCACCCGGGAAAAUUCACCGCGAAUCGGUUGGGGUCCGUUUGGUAGGAUUUGGUUUUCUGAAGUGUUCGUCCUGAAACGGGUACAUUUGUGUUAACGAAAUGCCGGAAAUCUCAGAAGUACACAGAGAUGAACAGCGCAGUGACGACACAAAGGAGACGGAGGCGCACGCGGAAGAGAAGCAAGUGUUGAGGGGUUUUUGUGACGAACAGGGAUAUCUGGACCAGAUCCGGUACAUCCUGCAGAGCGGCUGCAGGAAGGGGGACAGAACCGGGACCGGAGUUCUGUCUGUUUUCGGUGCGCAGAUCAGAUACAAUCUGAGAGAUCAGUUUCCUUUGCUGACAACCAAGAGAGUGUUCUGGAGAGGAGUUCUUGAAGAGUUACUCUGGUUUAUCAAGGGAUCAACAAAUGCCAAGGAGCUGUCUGAAAAGGGUGUGAAAAUCUGGGAUGCCAACGGAUCUCGGGACUUCCUGGACAAAAGUGGUUUCACAGACAGAGAGGAGGGUGACUUGGGGCCUGUGUACGGUUUCCAGUGGAGGCACUUUGGCGCCAAGUACACAAACAUGCAUGCAGAUUACACAGGACAAGGUGUGGACCAGCUGCAGAAGGUCAUUGACACCAUUAAAAGCAACCCAGAGGACCGACGGAUUAUCAUGUGUGCCUGGAACCCCAAAGAUCUGCCUCUCAUGGCUCUGCCCCCGUGCCACACCCUCUGUCAGUUCUAUGUGUGUGACGGGGAGCUGUCAUGUCAGCUGUACCAGCGAUCGGGAGAUAUGGGCCUUGGAGUGCCAUUCAACAUUGCCAGUUAUUCACUUCUUACCUACAUGAUCGCCCACAUCACAGGACUCAAGCCCGGCGACUUUGUUCACACGCUUGGGGACACUCACAUCUACAUCAACCACAUUGAUCCUCUCAAAGUGCAGCUCAAGAGGGAGAGUCGACCUUUUCCCAAGUUGAAAAUCCUGAGGAAAGUGGAGAACAUUGAUGAUUUUCGUGCAGAGGAUUUUGAGAUAUGUGACUACAAUCCUCAUCCCACCAUCAAGAUGCAAAUGGCAGUGUAAAAUCACAAACUGAUUCGGUGUUAAUACAGGACUGUGGGCUUUUCCUCUCCAUUUUCUUGUAUCCAAAUGUGAACCCUGAAGUUUAAAGAUUGUUUGUUUUUGCUUGUUUGAAAACCAUUUAAACAGCACUGUUUCAGUUAGCUUCUGUUUGUUAGGUUUUAUGUCGUUGCACUUGCAAUUAAUCCAUUUUCAUUACCAAAAAAAAAAAAAUGUUGGUUUCUCUGGAUGAAUAUUUGUAAAAUGUUUUUAUUUCAAACAGUACAAUCUAAUUAUGUAAAUAAACAACAAAUAAUA